ACAGCCACACCCGCGCCCGGCGGCUGACGUUUGGAAACUCCUGAAGAGGAGAAUCGAAACAGAAACCGAACUGCCUAGCCAACGGCUGGGCUCAAAAGCUCCCAGCCGAUAGCACGGCGGCGGCUGCCAGGUUUCCACCCGGAAGCACUGCAGAGGCAGCGAGCGGUCCGCGCCGUCCUCCCGCGGCUGCGUCUCCCGGGCACACCCCGCGCACCUGCUCACCUGCCCACCCGCGGGGUUCGGCCGCACCGCCGCGCGGGCCUGGGGGUCCCUGUGGCCAACCCCUUUGCUGUCAGGCACUUUGCGGCAGACCCUACUACUCCAAGGCAACGGACAGUGGUACCCACAUAGCACCUGUUGAGCAGAGAACAGCAACCUGUCCGUCUGCUUGGGAGAACCUCGCCUUUUCUGAGAAGGAAAGAUGUCCAACGGGUAUUCUGCAGAUGAGAGCUUCCAAUAUCUCAUCUCGUGUUUCCGGGCCAGAGUGAAGAUGUACAUCCAGGUGGAGCCCGUGCUGGACUACCUGAACUUUCUGCCUGCAGAGGUGAAAGAGCAGGUUCAGAGGACUGCCGUCACGGAGGGGGACAUUUGCGCAGCUGAACUGCUCCUGAGCACCUUGGAGAAGGGAGGCUGGCCCCUGGGCUGGACGAGGGUAUUUGUGGACGCCCUCCGGAGAGCAGGAAACCCUUUAGCUGCCCGCUACGUGAACCCUGAUCUCACAGACUUGCCGUCACCAUCGUUUGAGAACGAUCAUGAUGAGUGUCUCCAACUGCUGAACCUCCUUCAGCCCACUCUGGUGAACAAGCUUCUGGUUAGAGAUGUCUUGGAUAAGUGUGUGGAGGUGGAACUGUUGACAAUCGAAGACAGAAAUCGGGUAUCUGCUGCAGAACACAAUGGAAAUGAAGCUGGUGUGAGAGAACUGCUGAGACGGAUCGUGCGGAAAGAAAACUGGUUUUCCACGUUUGUGCUUGUUCUGAGGCAGACGGAGAACGAAGCCCUUGCCCAGGAGCUGACAGGCUCCAGCGCCUCUGAACCCAGCGCAGAAAAUGAGAAUUUAUCACAAGAAGAUGGUCCUGAAGUUAAAGAGCCACUUCUUUUAGCCUCAGAUCUGCCAAGUCCAGAGACACAGGGCUGGGAUGUGGAGACUAAUUCCGUGGAGUCAUCUUUUGCGGAUUCUUCUGCCGUUUCAGAAUCAGACACAAGUUUGGCAGAAGGAAGUGUCAACUGCUUAGAUGAAAGUCUUGGACAUAACAGCAACAUGGGCAGUGAUUCAGGCACCAUGGGAAGUGAUUCAGAUGAAGAGGAAAAGGCAGCAAGAGCAUCCCCUGAGCCAGAACUGCAUCUCAGGCCUUACCAAAUGGAAGCUGCCCAACCAGCCUUGGAGGGAAAGAAUGUCAUAAUAUGCCUCCCUACAGGGAGUGGGAAAACCAGAGUGGCCGUCUACAUUGCCAAGGAUCAUUUGGACAAGAAGAAAAAAGCAUCCAAACCAGGAAAAGUUAUAGUCCUUGUCAAUAAGGUACCAUUAGUUGAGCAGCUCUUCUGCAAAGAGUUUCAACCAUUUUUGAAGAAAUGGUAUUCCGUUACAGGAUUAAGUGGUGAUACUCAAUUGAAAAUAUCAUUUCCGGAAGUUGUCAAAACCCAUGAUGUUAUUAUCAGUACAGCUCAAAUUCUCGAAAAUUCCCUUUUAAACUCAGAAGAAGGAGAAGAUGAUGGUGUCCAGUUGUCAGACUUUUCCCUCCUCAUCAUUGAUGAAUGCCAUCACACCAAAAAAGAAGCAGUCUAUAAUAACAUCAUGAGGCGUUAUUUGAAACAGAAGUUGAAAAACAAGAAACUUGAGAAAGAAAACAAACCAGUGAUGCCCCUGCCUCAGAUACUGGGACUAACAGCAUCGCCAGGCGUUGGCGGGGCCACCAAGCAAGCCAAAGCUGAAGAGCACAUCUUAAAAAUAUGUGCCAAUCUUGAUGCAUCUACUAUUCAAACUGUGAAAGAAAAUAUGGGUCAACUUAAAGACCAAAUAAAGGAACCAUGCAAAAAGUUCGUAAUUGCAGAUGACACCAGAGAAGAUCCAUUUAAAGACAAACUUCUGGAAAUAAUGACAAAGAUUCAAACUUUUUGCCAAAUGAGUCCAAUGGCAGAUUUUGGAACUCAACCCUAUGAACAAUGGGCCAUUCAAAUGGAUAAAAAAGCUGCAAAAGAAGGAAAUCGCAAAGACCGCCUUUGUGCAGAACAUCUGAGGAAGUACAACGAAGCCCUGCAAAUCAAUGACACAAUCCGAAUGAUUGAUGCAUAUAAUCACCUUGAAACUUUCUAUAAUGAAGAAAUAGAAAAGAAGUUUGCUGUCCUAGAUGAUAGCAAUGACAGUGAUGAAGAUGAGAAUGAUAAAAAGAAACCUUUAAAACUGGAUGGAACGGAUGAAUUUCUCAUGACUUUAUUUAUGGAUAACAAGCAUAUGUUGAAAAAAAUGGCUGAAAACCCAGAAUAUGAAAAUGAAAAGCUGACCAAAUUGAGAAAUACCAUCCUGGAGCAAUAUACAAGGACUGUGGAAGCAAGAGGCAUAAUUUUCACAAAAACACGGCAGAGUGCUUACGCCCUUUCCCAGUGGAUUAAUGAAAAUGAAAAAUUUGCAGAAGUAGGAGUCACAGCCCACCACCUGAUUGGAGCUGGACACAGCAGUGAGUUCAAGCCCAUGACGCAGAAUGAACAAAAAGAAGUCAUUAGGAAAUUUCGCACAGGAAAAAUAAAUCUGCUUAUUGCUACCACAGUGGCAGAAGAAGGUUUGGAUAUUAAAGAAUGCAACAUGAUUAUUCGUUACGGUCUCGUCACUAAUGAAAUAGCCAUGGUCCAGGCCCGUGGUCGAGCCAGAGCAGAUGAGAGCACCUAUAUCCUGGUUGCCCACAUUGGCUCAGGAGUUGUAGAACGCGAGAUAGUUAAUGACUUCCGAGAGAAAAUGAUGUAUAAAGCUAUAGACCGUGUUCAGAAUAUGAAACCAGAGGAGUUUGCUCAUAAGAUUCUGGAAUUACAGAUGCAAAGUAUUAUGGAAAAUAAGAUGAAAAUCAAGAGAAGUAUCGCCAAGCAUUACAAGGAAAACCCAUCAUUAAUAAGUUUCCUCUGCAAAAACUGCAGCGUGCUCGCCUGCUCUGGAGGCAGUAUCCAUGUGAUUGAGAAAAUGCACCAUGUCAACAUGACGCCGGAGUUCAAGGAACUCUAUAUUGUGAGAGAAAACCAAGCACUGAAAAAGAAGUUUGCAGACUAUCAGACAAAUGGGGAGAUCAUCUGCAAAGUGUGUGGCCAGGCUUGGGGAACGAUGAUGGUGCAUAAAGGCUUAGAUUUCCCUUGUCUCAAAAUAAGAAAUUUUGUAGUGUUUUUUGAAAAUAAUUCAACAAAAAAACAAUAUAAGAAAUGGGUAGAAUUACCUAUCACAUUUCCUGAUCUUGACUAUUCGGAAUAUUGUUUGAUUAGUGAUGAAGAUUGACAUUCAAUUCAAGAUUCUUUUAAAAUAUUGUCAGCUUAACAUUCAAUAUGAUUUUGAUUAAUAUUUUAUUAUAAUAAGGAACUGAUGUAAGAAUUAGUCACAUAAUGGCUCUACUCUGAGAUGAGCGGUAUAAGGGAACACAAUAUAUCAUGCUUUCAACUAUUCAUCUUGUUUAUGGAUGGGGGUAAGAAAAUCUACUGGUCAAGCUCAUUGGAGUGGAGCAGGUAUGUGGAAUACUGUGGGGAAGUGCCGGUGUAUAAGUGAGGGCCUGAGGCACCAGUUUCAGUGCUGUCACUAAUUUUCAAAAUAAAAUUAAGCAAAUCAGUU